AUGAAGCAAUCUCACGUUUUGCUUCUUAUACUUGUUCAAGUCAUUUUCCUUUUGCCUCUUCUUUGUUUAUCCGAUGACUAUGUUAGCUCUAGAGCUACUUAUUACGGCAGUCCCGAUUGCAAAGCAAAUCCUCGAGGAGCAUGUGGUUAUGGAGAAUUUGGAAGAGACAUCAAUAAUGGUGAAGUGAGUGGUGUUUCAUCGCGACUAUGGAACAAUGGAACUGGCUGUGGUGCUUGUUACCAGGUGAGGUGCAAAAUACCUCCACACUGCAACGAGGAAGGAGUAUACGUAGUAGCUACGGACUAUGGUGAAGGACAUGGUACGGACUUCGUAUUUAGCCCUAAGGCGUACGGACGUAUGGCGCGACCGGGAACAGAGGAUCAGCUCUAUUCUUUUGGUGUGGUCGAAGUUGAGUACAAAAGGGUCGCUUGCCGGUAUGGAGGGUAUAAUCUGGUGUAUAAGGUCCAUGAAAAAAGCUACAAUCCUCAUUAUCUUGCCAUCCUUGUCUUGUACGUUGGUGGUGUCAAUGACAUCCUCGCCGUUGAAGUUUGGCAGGAGGAUUGCAAAGAGUGGAGACGUAUGAGAAGAGUGUUUGGAGCGGUUCACGAUUUGCAGAAUCCACCAAGAGGCACUCUCUCUUUGAGGUUUUUGGUGUACGGAAGUGCCGGAAUCAAUUGGGUCCAAUCGCCGAACGCUCUUCCCGCCGAUUGGACCGCCGGAGCCACCUACAACUCCAACAUUCAACUUACUUGA